CUCCACGGCAUGUGGGGUCUUCCCGGACCGGGGCACGAACCCGUGUCCCCUGCAUCGGCAGGCGGACUCUCAACCACUGCGCCACCAGGGAAGCCCUGAUAGGUGUUAAUAGGUCCCUCUGGCUGCAUAUUGGAGUGUUGUGGGGAGCUGCCAUAGUCCAGGUGGGAGAGGAUGAAGGAUGGACCAGGAUUAGGGCCUGGGACUGGGGUGAGGGAUGAAAUUCUGGAAAUAUCUUAAUGGAGCUACUGGGCCUGCACAUUAGAAGGAUGAGAGGUGGAAGGCAAAGUCAGCUAGCCCUGUUCAGGCUGGGUUGAUUGUGGACAGUGCAGGCCACAGCCAGUCAGGUGUGACAGCCCAGCCAGGAUGAUGGGGCCGGGAAGGCCUCAUCCCUGGGCUGGCUCCUGGAGGCCUUUCUGGGGGGAGGAGUCCAUUGGCAGAUCUAUCCCCUAGGCACUGCCAAAGCCAUGUAGCACGGUGAUUAAAAGCCCAGGCGCUAUAGCCAGGCCACUGGGAUUCAAGUCUUAGCUCCAUUACCUGUUUGCUGUAUGCCCUUGGGUAAAUGGCUUACCUUCUCUGGGUAAAUGCUGUGUGUGCACUAUGCGAUAAUGACAAUGACAGUGAUUAUAGGAGUCUCCACAAAGUCAUCCCUCUGAGACAUCCCUUGUCUAGGGUGGACGUGGAGUAGAGGUCAGGUCUGAUAUGUCAGAGAGAGACAACACCCACCACUACCACACAUCGAGACCCCUGCCCAGACUGGUCUGGUUUGCAGGCCUUCGCAAAGGCGCUAUCACAGCGGGAUGGACAAAAAUCCAUGUGCCCGUUUUCCCAUCCCUGUCUUUUUGCCCUUGUCCCUGCUUCAUCUCUCUCCUGUCUCCAUGCCUCACAUCCUUCUUCGUGGCCAUUUCUUCUACUCCCCGUCCUCGGUGUCUAUACCCUUCCCACCGCUGCCUCCAGCCUUUUCAUCAAUGCAAGCAGCCUCGCAGUGUCUCCGCCCCCGCGCCUGGUUGGGGGUGACAGCGCAUGCGCCGUCAGCGCCCCUCCCUCUCCACCCCCAUCCCCCGUCGGCGUCCGGGCCUCGUCCCCUUCUCUCUGUCUUCUUCUCCCCCAUCACUUCCCCAGACACUGGCACCCCAUUACUCCAGUUUCCCCGGUUUCAGCUUUGGUCUCCAGCCCCAGACACCCGAGGAUUUGCCUGAAGGCCACCUCCAACUCUGCACCUGCCCACUGAGGGCCACCAAGGACCAUGACUAAGACAGAUCCCGCCCCGAUGGCCCCGCCGCUCAGGGCGGAGGGAGAAGAGGAGGAGGAGGAGGAUGAGCCUGUCCCAGAGCCCCCCAGCCCCACCCAGGAGCGCCGGCAGAAGCCUGUUGUGCACCCCUCGGCACCUGCCCCCCUCCCCAAGGACUACGCCUUCACCUUCUUCGACCCCAACGACCCUGCCUGCCAGGAGAUUCUGUUUGACCCGCAGACCACCAUCCCUGAGCUGUUCGCCAUUGUGCGCCAGUGGGUGCCCCAAGUCCAGCACAAGAUUGAUGUCAUUGGCAAUGAGAUUCUGCGUCGAGGCUGCCACGUGAAUGAUCGUGAUGGGCUGACCGACAUGACACUGCUCCAUUAUGCGUGCAAGGCGGGGGCCCACGGAGUCGGGGACCCCGCGGCGGCUGUACGCCUCUCGCAGCAGCUGCUGGCACUGGGCGCAGACGUGACCCUGCGCAGCCGCUGGACCAACAUGAACGCGCUUCACUACGCGGCCUAUUUUGACGUGCCGGAUCUCGUGCGCGUGCUACUGAAGGGUGCACGGCCCCGAGUGGUGAACUCCACGUGCAGUGACUUCAACCAUGGCUCAGCCCUGCACAUCGCUGCCUCCAACCUGUGCCUGGGCGCGGCCAAAUGUUUGCUGGAACACGGUGCCAACCCGGCGCUUCGGAACCGAAAGGGACAGGUGCCAGCGGAGGUGGUCCCAGACCCCAUGGACAUGUCCCUGGACAAGGCAGAGGCGGCGCUGGUGGCCAAGGAGCUGCGGACGCUACUGGAGGAGGCUGUGCCGCUCUCCUGCGCCCUCCCCAAGGUUACGCUACCCAACUAUGACAACGUCCCAGGCAAUCUCAUGCUCAGUGCACUGGGCCUGCGCUUGGGAGACCGCGUGCUACUGGAUGGCCAGAAGACGGGCACACUGCGGUUCUGCGGGACCACGGAGUUCGCCAGCGGCCAGUGGGUGGGCGUGGAACUGGAUGAACCUGAGGGCAAGAAUGAUGGCAGUGUUGGGGGUGUCCGGUACUUCAUCUGCCCUCCCAAGCAGGGUCUCUUUGCCUCUGUGUCCAAGAUCUCCAAGGCAGUGGAUGCACCUCCCUCAUCUGUCACCUCCACACCGCGGACUCCCCGGAUGGACUUCUCCCGUGUCACAGGCAAAGGCCGCAGGGAACACAAAGGUAAGAAGAAGCCCUCAUCAUCCCCAUCUCUGGGCAGCCUGCAGCAGCGUGAAGGAGCUAAGGCUGAGGUUGGAGACCAAGUGCUCGUCGCAGGCCAGAAGCAAGGGAUCGUGCGUUUCUAUGGGAAGACAGACUUUGCCCCAGGUUACUGGUACGGCAUAGAGCUAGACCAGCCCACCGGCAAACAUGAUGGCUCUGUCUUUGGUGUCCGGUACUUCACCUGCCCCCCACGGCAUGGAGUCUUUGCACCAGCAUCUCGAAUUCAGAGGAUUGGUGGAUCCACUGACCCCCCUGGGGAUAACGUUGGAGCCAAAAAAGUACAUCAAGUGACAAUGACGCAGCCCAAACGCACCUUCACAACAGUCCGGACCCCAAAGGACAUCGCAUCAGAGAACUCCAUCUCCAGGUUGCUCUUCUGUUGCUGGUUUCCCUGGAUGCUGAGGGCGGAGAUGCAGUCUUAGAGGCUCUGGACAUCUGAGAGAGACACAGAGCCUCCUCUAGCAUCUCCUGAUACAAGGAGCCCCCGAGUCACCCUGAGAUAGAGAUUCCCAGUAACACGUCCAGAAUAGAGACCCCCAUUAGCCAGCCCUCGUUCACUGAGGCCCCAUUAUUAACAGAUUCCCUCAUGAUAACCCCCCAAAUACAGACCCUAUGUUACCCAGAAAGAGAUUCCCUAAGUGUAGUACCUUCAGGCUAGUCCCAACCCCUCAGAGGAGACCCCCCCAAUAACAGAUUUCCACAUCACCCCAAAUGACGGUGACUUUCUCUACAUAAUGCUCCACAGCAGAACAUUCCUGAGUCACUAGUCACUGGAUCAGAACCCUUCCCUGUUAACAAAGGUCCCCCCCCCACCAUCAAGUCCCCUUGAAAGAAACACCUCCAAAGCAACAGUAACAAACCCACAUUUAAUGUCAGUCCCCUCAAGAUGUUGUGACCCCCGUGGUCACCCCAAACCCCCUACACUGCAAUCAGAGACUCCCUCCAUUAACGAACCCCCCUGCUCUUACCCCUCAAGAAGAGACCCACAUUAACCAGCCCACUGUCACCCCCAAUUUACAGAUACCAAAACAGUACUGGAAGUGCUAAUUACAGGACCCCCAAGUCUUCCUAUCCUCUGCACCAAGAAACCCCCAGUGCCUUGUACGAAGCCCACCCCAUGCGGCCCACAGCACCUGUGCUGGCCAGGCUCCCAGAAAAUUCUCUAUUUUUAAAGUAAUUAUUUCCCCCUUUGGGGGGACCCCAAAAUUUGGAGGUCCCAUUCUGGGACUCUGAGGAUCCAAACCCCAGAGUACAUGUCCUAAACUCCCCUGUGCCCGCAAGUCCUAGAGCCCCUAGGAGACCCCAAAGCCCUAACUCCCAGGAUCCCCAAAUCAUGGAAUCCCCAAAUCCCCAGGGAAUCCCAAAUUUUAAAAAUCCAAUCCCAAACCCCCAGGAAACCUCAAUCAUGGAGGUUCUUGUGCCUGGGAUGGAGGAGAUACGCAUCCUGGGCCCCCAGGGCACCUCAAGCCCUAUUCAUAGGCACCAGAAACCCCAAACAGGAAUUCUCAUCCCUGGAAACCAGAGGACUUCAAUGCCCUGAGUCCAUGGAUCUCAAGACACCCAAAUUCCAAGAGCCCCAGCCCCAAGGGAACCCCAAAUCCUCAAGCCUCCAUCUCAUACAUGAGGGGCAUCAAGGCCUUGAGGGGAUCCCAAAUCCUGGAGUCCCCAUUUCAAUCUACAUUCUGGUCACAGGUCCAAAACACCAAAUCUAAGUUACUGGCCCUGAAGGACCUCAGAGCACCCUGGCCAGACUAACAGCCCGACGGAGACCCUGAAGGCCCAGGGGUCCAGGGCAGACCUGGGGCCCUGAAAACCAAGGACAGCUCACGACUGCCCCUUCACUGCAUGUCCCCAAACUCAGCAUGACCCCUACCCCCUUCAAUAAAGACGUUUCUACGGC